AUGAGGAUCCGAGCUCCAUUCGCCGGCGCCUUUUGCGCUUUUACACUUCUUGCUGCGUACUUGGGGUUAUCCGAGAUUCAAGUUCCAGUCAACGAUAAAUUCCUCCACUUCAUUACCUUCUUCAUAUUAACGCUAUGUUUUUACUGGAUUUUGGAAACGAGUAGGAGGAGAAUUGUCAACUUUACGCUAGUUAUAUGUACACUUAUUGGGGGAGUCGGUAGCGAAUUUCUACAAUCGGCCGCCACUUCUCGCCAGUUUGAUCCCUUCGAUAUACUAGCAAAUCUUGUUGGUUCUGUGGGGGCGCUUUUACUGUCAACUUGGUAUCACAAGAGGAUGCUGGAGCGAAAACGACAGGCAAAGAAGUACCAGUUGGUACCGGGUGAAGAUGCGGGUGAAGGUGAAGAAAUGGAGGACUUGGAAGCUGGAAGAGUAGAUGCCAAUGGUGGUGAUGAGGAUGGAGAGCAGGAUAUCGGAGACACGAAAUGA